CCGGUUGCGGGUGGUUGUUGCAACCCGUUUCUUCAUAUGAACAUGCACUAUUUACAAUCUCGCGUUGUUUAUCGUACAUACGAAUGAUUUCCAGUGAUAAUUCAAACAUAAUUUUCAAGAAUUUCUAGUGCAAAAUUAUCUAACAAUUAAUAAACAUCCUAUACAUUUCGAUAAACUAUCGAAAAUCGUAGAACACGUCGUAAAAAUACGAAAAAAAAACAAGUUUCUUCGAGAAUGUGAUAUGUUAUAAUCCGAAUAAUUGAUCGAACAAAUAAUUAUGCGAAUGGGAUUUUGUUCGUGUGACGAAAGAUAAAGUGUACGAACAAAAAUAUCGUCUGGUCUUCAUUAGAUUUCAAUUUCUUGUAAAAAAUUCCACCUCACUCCCCGAACCCCUUAAAAAACAUCUCGAUAAUCGACGGCCGAUAUUUAAAAACUUUACCAAAAAAAAUUCCUCCUCAAUCAAAUUCUAUUUAUUUUCUUUUUUUCAACGUUAGUACGUAUGAAUCACGUAAGUUAGACGAUUACACGGAAAUGUAAACGAAAAUAAGAAAAGAUAAACCCCGGGGGUGGGUUAAGAAAAAGCAUUUGAAAAAGGCGCCUCGGAUUUGAAAGAAUGUAAACAAAACGUGACAGCAUGUCGACGAAUCGGUAAAAAAACGGGUGUGCAAGGAAAACUAACAGAUUAAAGAGCCUAACUUCUUGCCGUCUUCUCUUCCUACUUUUUUCUUUUCCUUUUAUUUUUCUAUCCGACGGAAGUGCUGUUACUGUGAGAUUCGAAAAAGAAAAAGAAAAAAAAAAACAGGAAGAGGAAUAGAAAAAGGGGAAAGAGUUUUGGAGACUCGAGGUUCGAGCAUUUGUUUAAGAAAUUAUUGAAUUAAAUUAAAAAAAAAAAAAAACGAAAAGAAGAAAAAAUGUGGUGGUGGGUUUUGUUAUCGAUAUUCUCGCAAAGGAUGCAGCACGUUCUUGGAGCGUGCGAGCCUAUAAGGAUAGAAAUGUGCCGUGGUUUGGGGUACAACGUGACCGCCAUGCCGAAUUUGGUGGGCCACGAGAUUCAAGGAGACGCCGACUUCACCCUACAAACGUUUAGCCCUUUGAUUCAGUACGGAUGCAGUGCACAACUGCAUUUAUUCCUCUGCUCGGUUUAUGCGCCAAUGUGUACGGAAAAGGUGCCGUCGCCAAUUGGUCCUUGCAGAGGUUUAUGCGAACAAGUAAGAGCAAGAUGCUUUCCAGUUCUUCAAGGCUUUGGUUUUCCUUGGCCCGCGGCUUUGAAUUGUUCCAAAUUCCCACCUGUGAACAACCAUCAUCAUAUGUGUAUGGAUGGACCAGGUGAACCAGGUCCUGCUAACCCUAUUCAGGCAAUUGGUGCUAGUGGUGGACCAUGGGGUUGUUCGUGGUAUGCCAAAUCUGGUUUAUACGUAUUCCUAAAUCGUUCUGGAAGAUGUGCAGCAACUUGCGAAGCAGAUAUACUUUGGUCUCCGAAGGAUAAGAAAACUACCCAAGCAUGGAUGACAGUAUUUGCAAUAAUUUGCUUAAUUUCCGUCAUCAUUGCAAUAUUAUCUUUGAUGAAACCGAGAAAAAAAGCUGCGAUCAUGAAUACGGCCGAGAAAGUAAUUACAUGUCUGGCAGUUUGUCAUGGGAUAGUCGCAGUAGGUUACGUGAUUCGAUUAGCUGCUGGCCGAUUGACCGUAGCAUGUACACCCGCAAUACCGUUACAUCCCCAAGAUCAAGCUGUCAUAUCUCAACACCAACAACAGUAUUUGACCCAGGAUGGAUUAUCCAAUCCCUACUGUGCUAUAGUCUUCAUCCUGUUGUAUUAUUUCGGACACGCAGCGAUCGUAUGGUGGGUCAACAUCUGUGCAUGGUGGUGCAUAGUCGCGAGAAAAUGGUCGCGAACGGCAGGUAAUUGCAAGGAGGAUAGUUUCGGCCUCCAGCAGGGUUUCUCAACCGUGGGAUCGGUUGCUGCUUGGGGACUUCCAGCUGCUCAGACGAUCGCCGUUUUGGUUACCAGGGAUGUGGAUGCUGAUGAACUUACUGGAAGUUGCUUCGUUGGACAACAAAAUGCUCGAUCCCUUUUAGUUCUGGUAUUAAUACCACAAUUUGCAUACUUCUGUGUGGGCACAACAUUCCUCCUAGUCGGUUUAACAUCUCUUCUAUUACCAAGACCAUUGGUGACACCAAGCUCCGUAGUAAGUGCACUCCAACAGCAACAACACCAACAACAGCAUCCAAAUCCAUUGAUCAGGCAAAGAGAAUCGUCUAAAUCACCGGUGGAAAUCUACAGGAGACAGAAACUUCUGUUAAUCAAAGUCGGCUUUUUUGCUACCUUUUAUGCAGUGACAUUGUUUUGUCUAACCAGUACAACGUUUUACGAAUGGUGGGGUCGUGAAAAAUGGCUGAGAGCACCAGAACCAUCCAGUUCACCUAAAGUACCAUCCAAACCUUAUGUUCAGUUCUUCAUUCUUCGAUUGGUAGCUACUUUGGGAAGUGGUAUAGUUACAGCUGCUUGGAUUUGGUGGCCAAAUUUAAUGAACGUUUGGAGACGCUUACCACCAUGCAAACAACCACCACAUAAGUGUCAUCCUCACGGUGUACCUGUACCAGUAGUUCAUUGUUUCAACCCAAAUUCUACCAGUCCAACACCUCAUCAAAUUCAUCAUCUUAGUCAUUUGGCACCACCACCACAACAUUCGCUUUUACAUCAACAUCAAAUCAUUGCUAAUUCUUCAUCGAGUAAUUACAGAAGUCAUAAGAAACAUAGAAAACAUAGAAAGUAUCACAGUGGUAGCGAAACCCAAGUAUAAAUGUUUCAUUAAGAUACUCUAAUUGAUUAACUAUGUGUACCUAUUUUUUAAAACUUAGCCAUAAUAGUAAUGAUUACUUUGAUAAAGACUGUACAUCGACAAUGUACAAAAUGUAAUUCGCUUUUAAGGAUCCAAUCCAGCGAAUUUAAUUUCUUUCUGUGUCAUUAACUUUUACGGUAAGGAUGCAUUAAUUAAAUGAUGCACGAGAGAGGCUUAAUAUUAUGACUAUUAAUAUUAUUAUUGUUAACAUUAAGAACGUGACAUGAAUUUUAUUUAUUUUGGGCAAAAAUUUGCGCUUCGAGUACAUAAACGAUGCUGUGAAUAGUUUAAGUAGAUUUUCAUUAGUUCACUUUCGUAUCAAAGUAUGUUAAAAAAAAACCUUUAGGAUUUUCAUAGUUUAUAUGAGUUUUAGAAAACUUCGUUUGAAUUGUUUCAACAAUUAACUCAAUCAAUUUUGCAAUAUUUUUUCUUGUUUUUUUUUAUAUACGUUGAAUACAAAAGUAAUUAUUAAAAAUUGUAUGUAUGUGUGUAUAUGUAAAUAUGGAAAUGAUGAUUUAAACAAAAUAUUGUUCGUUUUCGAAUACCUAAAAUACGUAAUUUGUUAUAUCAUUCACAUUAUAAUAAUAUGUUUUAUUAAAUAAGUUCAAUAAUGAAGUAAAUUGUUAUUUAUUACGUGCCAUUUUUUAAUUCCAACGACAGUGGUUCCCCAAUUUUUACAAUUCUUGGCGCUCUUACUGAAUCUAAGAUCUCCUAAGGCUUCCUAUGUCAAAUUCUAUCCACAACACUUUGCGAAAUAGUCAAUAAUUUUUUGUAAAAAUUACGUAAAAAUAAAUAAAAUACAUUUUACAUCACAGAAAAUGUAACUGCACAAACUUAUCAUAACAAUUAAUGGAUGGAUGAGUCUGUCGAUCACUGCACUUUUCUCAAAUCGUAGAAUUAAAUUGAAUACAACGCCAACUUCAUUUUAAACGAUAAACUUUAAAAUAUUUAGAUAAAAAUUAGAUUUAA